GUUUACAAGUGCCAUGUGCUUCCGGUUUCAAAAACAUGAUGGACGAUGUCAACACUGGAAGUUGAUCACUCAUCUCUAGACGUCGUUGCUUCAUGGUUUGGGCAGACAUUAUCAAAGAAAAGACAGUUAGACAGUGAUCAUGAAAUUCAUGGCAAAUGCAAAAAGUCAAAACAGAACGACACAGACUGGGGCGGGGAGCUGUUGACAGCAGGCGGCAGCGAAAGGGUAUCCCAGAAGACCUCCUACACUUCAGGUCAAGGUCAAGGUCAACCAUGGGACAAAACAUCAUCUGUGUCAGCCUUCAUACAACAGAAAGUCAACAAGAAGCUCAUCAAAGCCAGCCAUAAGAAAAAGGAAGGUCUUGUUUUCAAAGAAAGCCAAAGAGGAAGGAAUGAGACAAAAGUCAGAUAUAACAAACACAAAGGGGACCUCUGUCAGGAAGAAGAGGAGGAAGAAUCCAGAUUCGACCUGAUUUCUAAACCUAGAAAGACUCCUCAGACCUCAGUUAACCUGCAGACAAAGAAAAGGAGGAGAAGGAAGCGAAGAAAGAAAUUAUCGGAAUCACGAGAUUGAUCUACGUGUGUACUAGUAUUACCUGUUGUAGAAGGUGAAAAAAAACAAACAAUUACCUAUACUAUAUGUAUCAUAUUUGCUGAACUCAAUCCCACAAUUUGCAAUACACCAUGAAUAUUGUAGCAAAUUGAUAUUGAUAUUUGUUAUUAAUAUUUGGUUAAACAUGAAUAUGGUCUUUGGCUGUAAUGGUGUUUUGAUUAACUGUUAUAGUUUUGUUUGACCUUUUGUUUUUUUGUUUGGUUCGUACAGUGAGGGUUCUUUAUUGUGUUAACCUCGGUUUUUUUAAGGUCAUACAUGUAUCUGGAAGACGUGGAACUCUCAUUUCCAAUGCUCUCCAUGUUACAAUGUAAACGUCUCAGGUUUGACGUGGCGCUGGGAUCGAGAAUCAAAUCCUGGCCUCCUUGUUGGGAAAAAUGUGCAACUUGGUCAUCGCGACCGGUGAAAUGCAAUAACAAGCUACAUAUGUAACAAUCGUUCUUUACUCGAUAACUGUUUGUAAUACAUUUUCCUAACUGUGGUGCUAGGCAUUAAUGUACUGUAAGUAUGUAUAGCGUGUUAACAAAGGGAAGUGAAGGAUGUGUUGUUUUUGUACCUACAUUGUAGGUAUUUUGAAAAUAAAAACUAGAAAUUCGU